UAAGCCGUAAGAAUUGACCAUUCACAGUCAAAUGUAAGAAGAGCAUUCGAUUGUGACUAGUCAGUUUUUAUGGCUUACGGCUUACGACCAGACAUACGACGUAUUCUAGAACGAGCCUUAGUACAAACUAAUUAAAAUAUACAUUUUUUCGGAUUGUCUGUGACAUUUAACUAAAUUUCUAUGAAAUAUUUAUUAAUAUCUACUUAUACAUAUGUUGCUUUGUACAGUUUUAUUCUAUAUAAUUAGAAUACAUACUGAUUUCAGUUGACAGAAGAUUUAUUAUCGUAUAUACAUAAUUAGCUAUAUUCAAGUUAUUCAAUAUAUUGAAGAUGAUACGUUUAUUAACCAGAGGCCCACUGUUAAUGACCACAUUUCCAUUUCAAAAGGAUUCUAAUCAAUACGAUAAACCUGUGAAUGAAAUAAUAAAACCAUUGGAUGAUGAAUUGGGUUGGGACAGAGUAAAAAAUAUUUUUUCUUUGGAUGAAAAUAACAGGUUUACAAAAGAAUUGCAAUCUAUUAUAAAUAUAACGCUAUCAGGUGCUACAAUUGGCCUAGCUCUAGGUGGCAUGAGUGGAACUAAAACUACAGUAGAUAAUUUUAUCACGAAUAAUGAGGCAACACGAUUCAUAAGUCAUUUCGAUGCAAAACGAAAUCUUCAACAGUCGAUUAUUGUAAGUUUUUUAAAGAAGGGCUCGAGAUUGGGAGCAAAACUUGGGACAUUUUGUUUUAUCUUUAGUUCUAUAACAACGUGUACAACGGCAUAUCGUGGGAGGAUAGCAAUAGAAAAUUAUAUGUUGGGUGGUUCCAUAACAGGAUUGUUAUUUAAGAUAAAUAUGGGGCUUCGAGCGAUGCUUGUUGGUACCGGACUUGGUGGUGCAUUAGGUGGAGUAUGUGGUGGUAUAUCACUUCUUAUUCUUAAGUUAUCAGGAAUAACUGUAGACGAAGUAUUAAACGCACAACAACAGUGGAUGGAAUCGAGGUAUAAGGCGCGUGAAAAAAUAAAAGAAUCUAUGACAACUGAAUUACCAGAAAUAAAACAAUUAUACCAAGAAAAUAGAAAAAUAUGGAAUAUUCAACAAAAAAAAGAUAAUGAAAACCAAAUAGAUCCAUAAUUAUAUAAAUAAAUCUUAUACAUAGAAAGACAUCUGUGAAUUUUAAAUUUUUAUUAUCCAUUUGUCAUUAAGUUUGUCCUAAAGUUUUGCAAAAUGCGAAAUAAUCGAAAAAUAUUUUCUAACAAAUACAUGAACAUGUAUGAAUUUUACAUGUAAUUUAUCACAGUAAGUGCAAAGUUUUUGAUAAAUCUUUUAUAUAUUAUAUAAUAUAUGUGUGUAUAUAAAUUGACAUAGAGAGAUCAAACAAAAUAAAUAAUUAUGUACUUUGAGCAUAUAUUUACAGAAUAGGCCAAAAUAAAUGUUUAAUAUCUUU